UCCCACUUCAAAUGCCAGUGGCAGUUGGGAAUCCUGUCAGGUAUUAUGAAGGAACUGUUCUUGCAGUUUAUAUUGGUUUUUAGUAAUAACAAGAGAGAAAUUAAUUGCUCUCUAGGCAAAUAUUUUGCCAUUUUGCCAUAGGCUUGUAAUUUGGGCACUUGAAACAAUGUAUUGAUUAAUAUAAGGAAAUAAUAAGUAAGAUUUUCAAAACGUUGGUACACUAGGUUUCUAAACAUGCAUUAUUCUUCAAAAUGAAUGAGAUUUGUGUGGUAAAUGUUUUAGAUCUAUAUUAGCUUGUUUCACUACAUCACUUUGACUUCUGUUUCUUAAUCAUCUGCUAUGUACAUUUUUCACGCUCCUUUUUGGUGCUUUGUUUUUGAGAAAAUGCUGGAAAGAACCUAUUAAGACCUGUGAACUUACUGACUGAAACAUUAUUUUUGGAAAGUAUGUCUGAUGAAAAAGAGGAAGGAGUGGAUGAAGUCUUUCCAAAGGCUUCUGAAAGUAAUACUGGCAAUGGUGGAACACAAUCAAAUGAACAACUUAAUACAAUUGAAAAAUCACCAAGUACAUUGCCUAAAGAAAACCAGGAUAAAAAUAGAUCUAGUUCUAAUGCAAGUGGAAUGGAAAAAGUCACCUCAGAAGUCUCUGAUACAGAUUCAAAACCAGAUACCAGAAAAUCACGGUCAUUUUUUGAAACAAUAUUGAGUUCAUCAAUGAGUACAUUGGAUGAGGAAAAAUCAAGUGAAUUCCAGGACGGCCUCAUACUGGCAGAAAGCUCUUUAGAGGUUUCUACAAAAGGUUCAGAAAAAGAUAUUUUGCAUUCCAAAGAGAAACUGGAAAAGCAUAAAGAUGUGUCAACAGUUUUAACACCUGAUACAAGGGAUCCUGAACUCCUUGCAUAUCUGUAUGCUGAGGGAAUAAGUGAUAUUCCUCCAGAUUUUUUAGAAGGGCAAGUAAAAAGAAGCUUAUUACAAUCUAUAGAAAAUGCUAGAGUGCCUGAAAAGAUAUCAGCAGAUAUGCUGUCAGAAAUGAUGAUUGAUGACUUCACUGUUCAAUUAAAUUCUAGAGGAGUGACUGAAAUGCCCACAGGGGUCUUUGAUACAAAAAUGUUAAAAUAUUUGUACUUAAACAACAAUGAAAUUAAAAUCAUACCAAAAGGAAUAAAGUUAUUGAAAAACCUGGAAAUAUUAUCCAUGGAAGGAAAUCAGUUAACAUCAUUGCCUCCUGAAAUAUCUCUGCUUCCAAAACUUAGAACUUUAAACAUAGGUCACAAUGAAAUCUCAUCCAUCUCUGAUGUUUUUUCAAACCUUUCAAGUCUUAGGUGCCUUUUGAUGAGGUAUAAUAAUGUUCAAGUGUUUCCUUCUGCUUUAGAAAAACUUGAAAGCCUGGAAAUUUUAGAUCUCAGUGGAAAUAAACUAACGCUGCCAGAGACUAUGAUUAACAUGAAAAAAAUGAAUAUGUUCUUCUUAAAUUCUAGCCAGAUUUCAAUAUUCCCUAAGGUUCUCUGUUACCUUCCAAAUCUAAGCAAGCUCAGCUUGGCAGAAAAUCAGAUCCAAAGUUUACCAAAGGAGAUUAAAGAGCUCAAAACAUUAAAAGAACUUACACUGAGUCACAACAAGCUUACAUUUUUGCCUGUACAGCUCUUUCAGUUGAUACAUUUAGAGAAAUUGAGACUGAAUGAUAACCUGCUGGAAACUCUAUCAGAUCUAGUAGAGAACUUGCAGGAUCUUCGGGAACUCAAUCUUGCCAAAAACUUAUUCAAAAGCAUAACAGAUAGUAUUUGCCAUUGUAUCAUGAUGGAACAGCUCAAUCUUAAUGACAACCAGUUAAAGAAACUUCCCCCAAACCUGUACAAACUAAAAUAUUUAAGGGAACUUUACAUAAGCAGAAACCAGUUGAUAUUGUUAGAUGAACAAAUAGCAUUAUUUAAAGAUCUCUCGGUUAUUGAAGUAUCAGGAAAUGCAUUAAUGUACAUCCCUGUUGAAAUAAAAAGUUGUACAGAAAUCACUACAGUUGACCUGAGUUACAACAAGUUGUCUUUCUUUCCAAUUGGACUGUGUGCGCUGUAUGCGCUUAAACACCUAAAUCUCAGUGGAAAUCACAUUUCAGAAAUAACUACUGAAAUUUCAUUCAUUAAAAGCCUGAAGCAUCUUAAUUUAAGUCGGAACAAAUUCCCCUCAUUUUCCAUACAUCUAUGCACUCUUAACAAGCUAAGUUACUUAGACUUAAGUUACAAUGCAAUAAGCAGUAUUCCGGCACAUGUGCAAAAAAUGAAGUAUCUUCGGGUUCUGCUCUUACACCACAACAAAUUUAUUUUGUUUCCUGGAGAGCUGUGUGCACUACAUCGACUUAAGACGCUGGAUCUUUCAGAGAAUAAGAUACCAUUAAUCCCCUCAGAUAUCAAUCAUCUGCAAGAACUAACGGAACUAAAUCUGUCUAACAAUGAAUUUCAAUCAUUUCCAACUGAAAUAUGCUACCUUGCAUCAUUGGAGAAGUUAACAUUGUGCCAAAGCAAUGGGUUAAAGUUAAAACAACUUUCAGAACUGAUAUCAAAGCUGAAAAAUCUUAAAGAGCUUGAUGUAUCUUAUAAUGAAUUGCAAGAGUUACCAGAAGGCAUAGGGGAAAUGAAAAGUUUAGUCACCUUAAUAGCAAAUGACAAUUGUUUAAUUAAGCUCCCCUUGAGUUUUUCAUCUCUCCAGAAUUUGCAGCAUCUGAAUCUAAGAGAAAAUAAAUUGCUGCAUCUACCUAGUGAUCUGCACCAUCUUCUGUUACUGAGGAAUAUAAAUUUUGAUAGAAAUGAUCUAGUUAGACCUCCAUUGGAAGUCUGCAAAGGAAAACAACUACUCCCUAUAACACGCUACUUAGAAAGUGCUGAUGAAAGAGAUGAGAAGAUCUUGGAUAACAUACUGAAGACGAUUGCUAGCAAUAUACCCUUUGAACAUUUUGAAUUUUUUUGCCAAAAACUGCAGCUGAAAAGUGCUGUGAUAAAAUCUAUUGAAAGUAACAGGGAGAUGGUAUUAGAAGAUAAAGUAACUGAGGCAUUGAACUUCUGGAAAACUGAAAACCAAGAUCUGUCCUCUACUGCAAUGACAGACCAGUUGAUUAGAGUGCUAACCAUGGCUGACAUGUAUUAUUUAACCAACAAAGUGAAAGCAUUAAAACUCUGUUCAAGAGUUGUAAAGUUCUAAAAAGCAAAUAAUAUUUUAAGCGCAGUUGUUUGGUACUUAAAAUGAAUAAAGUUAACUCACAUGGAGUCAGGAAUUUACAAUAAACUUAUUAUUGCUUUCAAUAAAAACUCCUGUGAGCUGAAA